UCUGUGUUCUGUGGGAAAGAACGGUUAGUCUGUGGAACGGAUCAAAACAAAUAUGUCUGCCACUAUAAUUACGAAACAAGUAUCCAGUGUGUUUAGACUUAGUUAGAGAUGUGGUUUUAAUCCAGUAGAUGUUUGAAUUGGUAAUUUAAACUGUUAAUAACAUACUGAGUGUUUUCAGGCCCGGUGUCUGUUGUACAUUCGGCGAUUUUUCUGAAAAAGUCCUGCAAAUCUUUUUAGAAUGGCAUUUGAUGCGAAUGUACCAUUUAAAUGCCAGGAAAUUUCGGCGGUCAAUUGUGCUGAACCAAUAUGCAUCAGCAACGAGGAAGAGUGUGUCAAAGAUGCAAUUUCAUCAAUUGUAAUAGCUCGGGUGGAGACGGUCGCUGAAGACGACACCGAGAGCGAAAAUUCGCCUUUAAGCGCGACCGUUAAUGAGCCUCAAAGACCCGAAAGCGCCAAACGAGCCAGAAUCUCCUUCAGAUGUGACAUCUGCAGUUUUUCUACCACCACCCGAUUUUCCUUAGCUAGACACUUGGAGACUCACAAGCAAAGCGCAUCAAUCGCCGCAAUUAAUGCUAAUGAAUGUCCAGCUAGUAAUGUUGCAGACGUUGAGCCAACCAAUCCACCUAGUGCGACCUCGCAGCCAGCAAAGCAAGUAAAAAUUAAGAUCUUCAAAUGCAGCCAUUGCUCAUUUUCCUCCAAGUUUCAUUUCAUAAUGAAAAAACAUCUGUUGACUCACUUGAAUAGGCCAACCAAUUACACGUGUCGCUACUGUCCCUUUGAAGCCAAGUCCAUCAGGGUUUUGCUGCCUCAUCUAGUCAACAAGCACCGCAAUUAUAACGAAACUUGUCCCAGAUGUCUGAAACUCGUCUCUUUGCAAUUGAAAAAUGAGCAUUUGCAGGUUUGCAAAGUGCGGAAUCCCACGUUACUGUGCUCUCACUGUCCUUAUAAGACGUUCAAUCGGAAACAGUUAGCCACACAUCAGAGAAAUUGUCCCAAGCAUCCCAGGAAAGUGUUAAAAUGUGACUUUUGUUCUUUCACGAGCAAGUGUGAGCGCUCGCUACGGGACCACACUCUUUUACAUACAAAGUAUAAUAGGCCCAUCUACGAUUGUCCCCACUGCGACUACAAAUCGACCAAAAAGAACUAUGAGAAUCAUAUAAAGUCCCAGCAUGAUGGCCAACCGGAAAGCCAAGAGGAGUCGAAACCUAAGCUGUUCAAGUGCUCUCAAUGUCCUUUUACUGCAACAGUGCCGUCUGUUUUCAACAGACAUUCUUUGACGCACCGCCAUGUUUCGAGGGACUUUAAAUGUAAACUUUGCUCGUUUAAAGGCAUAAGUAAAAAGUCCCUGCAGACUCACCUGGGUGUCACCCACAAGAAACCCGGCCUGAAGUGUUUGCGUUGCCUGCGUAAGGUGCCUUCACACCAGCUAGCGAAACAUAAUCUCACGUGCGACGCGCCUGAUCCUCGGAUAACUCACAUCAAGAUCGAGAAGGAUGAAGAUGAAUAUGACGAUCAAAGCAGCAGCGAGGCGAAUUCGUUUAACUGCGAUUUUUGCAACAACAGUUAUUCUAAAUUGGAGGCUCUGGAGCGGCACCUGAAAUGCCAUGGCGAGCAACUUUUUAAGUGUCCAAUCUGUGAGUACCGAGCGACUAAAAAGAGUUUAACGAAACACUUUGAAGAUGUUCACCUGGAGCAGCUGAGCGCUGAAUGUAUUCAAAGGCCCAUCAAACAAGAGCAAACCAAUAUAGAAAAGAAGCAAUGGUCUUGUGAAUUUUGCUCGUUCAGCUCCAUUUAUUCAUUCACAAUGAAGCAGCAUCGAUUACAUCAUACCGACCUGAAUAAACCGAUUAUCAGCUGCAGCCACUGCGACUACAAGUCGAUCAAAAAGAUCGUCGAGAAACACUCCAUGGUUGUUCACCAAGUCCCCUAUAACUACCCUCAAGGCAGAUCAGGCACAAUCAUCAAGAAAGAGCCUGAUCAAGGCACCCGUGAAAUUCAAUAUGUAUGCGAAAAUUGCGACUACUCCACUUCUUCCAAAGAAGUCCUCGUCCAGCACAAACUGAGCCGCUGCAGGAGCAACACAGCUUCCAAUACCGGCAACAAUAAAACUUGCAAUUCGUGCCAACGCAGUUUUUCAGCGAACCAUAUUCACAAGUGUCGUGCGGGUACCAACCGGUACCGGAUUAGUAACGAAUGUGGAUCACGAGUGUUUCGCUGCAACUGCUGCGAGUAUAAGACGAUGGGAAGACGUAACAUCAAUCGCCAUUGGACAAAGUAUCAUCAAUCCAUGAAUCAUCUAUUCAAUCAGAAUGCAACUUUCAAGUGUGAAACCUGCGAUUUUCAGACAAAUUUGGAGGACAGUUUGCAGAAUCACCAGGUUUUGCACAUCAACAUAAAAAAAGUAAAAGUCUACAAGAGUGACACCUAUAAUGUGGAAAUGGCCAACGAAAAUGCUGAUAUGAGUGAGGAAGGAAGUGACUGAAUCUUACUUAAUUUAGUUAGUAUGCGUUAAGAUAUGUAUUAUUAUUGUUAUAGGCUAGUUUUUUUCAAUUAUAACUGCUUAACAAUGCAACCACAUCCCGCAGCUGUUUAGGCCUAAUUUAAAACACGAUUCCAGGUGGCGCCUGUAAGAUUUAAAGCUCAAAGUUGUUUAGAAAAUUCAUGAAUCGAAACAUUAAUAUUUUAAAUAGUAGUAUGGGAACACUUCAGAUUUAUCGUCUUAAGUUUCUUUCUACCACGCAAAGUAUAUGUAUGUUAGAGGAGUAAUCAUGUUUUCUCACCCUAGUUCGCUCGUUCGUUCCAAAAGGAGUUAUAUUGUUACUUAUUUUCUAAAUUUAGCAUUUAAAAAUAAAUAUGAUCGUAUUUCUGUA